UGCCACUGAGACUUUGUUUUAUCCGCCGACGUCAUUCAUAUGGUCUGGACGCCAAGGCGCGAGGCUGCCCUCUCCUCGUAGGUAGCUACCGGUAAUUGUGUUUCCUACCGACUGACAACUUGUUUGUCUGUUAGCGCAUUGGCUGCCCAUGGGCGCUGCUGUACACACACUCUGCUGCUCCGCCGGCUGGGCUGUCCGGUGCGCCUCUGCGGUCGGUUCGGGACGGUAUCGGGCUCCGCUUUUAUGAAUGAAUAACGAGACGGGGAAAUGCGAGUGACUGCGAAACUCCCCAGCAGCCGUGCUCCCGGGGGGCCAGCCACCGAUGAGAGGGAUUAACGACGGAGCCGAGCCGCGGCUCAUUGCGGAAAAGCCGACUGCAGACUGGCGUGGAAACGCACCGUGAGGGAAACGGGCUCCAUAGAGUAGAGCAGCGGAACAAAACCGCGGUGACCACAAUGUCCAUCCACAUCGUGGCUCUGGGCAGCGAGUGCCCCGGUGGAGUCGGGCCCGGGGAGGAGAUCAUGGGCCAGGGGCAGCUGCAGGGAGGCCUGCUGUGGAGCUACCUGGGUCACGGAGCGCUGGUGGGACCCUGCGACCUGGAGAGCAGCAUGCACAACCCGGCCUUCAUGGAGUACACCUCACGUGUGUUUGGAGAUGUCACUGUGGUGGUUCGGGAUUGCCCCAGCUGGGACUUGUUGGACAGUGAUUGGGCCAGCGUACGGAAAGUUCUUGAACAGGCGGACAUCCUGGUCAUUAAAUAUUCAGUCACUGACAAGCUGGCUUUCCAGCAGGUCAGGAACGGUUACGCCCCAAGACUCCGCCCGCUCCUGAGGCACUGGGGUGUGCCUGUCAUCCUGGUUGCUGUCGGAGCACGGCUAAACGAUGAAGGCCCUCCCUGUACGUGUCCGCUGUGUGCAUCCGACUGGAGCAGCUGUGUGCCUCACAGUGAAGGUCUGCAGCUGUCCCGGGACCUGGGGGCCACCUACCUGGAGCUGCCCUCUCUCAACCAUGUCUUUGUGGGUCGCUACUUUGGCAGCGUGCUGGAGUACUUCAUGAUUCAGUGUCUGAAACACAAAGCCAAAGAGAGGCCAGAGAAGAGGCGAGGAAAUAAAGUGAACGAGCUUCGUCCCCCUCACUUAGAACAACCAGCACGUCUUCCCCCUAUCCGAGUAGAGGAGUCCAGCUUCUCCCAGGACAUGCAGUGGUUGCUGGAGCGUGGCGUGCAAUUCGCCGACGUGGCUUUCUAUGCCGGGGACUCUGGGAAAGACUUGGGGUGGGCGCACGCAUCUGUGCUGUGUGCUGUCAGUCCGUACUUCAGACAGCUGCUUCUGGGGCCCAAGAACAGGGAACGUCCCCAGUCGCGGUGUGUUUGUAGAGAGCGAGAUGGAGGCCCCCAUUCGCUGCUCUCCACCUGGGACGGGGGAAUUAUCGAUGACAUGCCACGAUCAGAGGGGCACCUGACAGGACGGCUCUCUCGUCUGGUGGUGAAGGACCCCCUCCUGUGUAUGUGCUUGUGGGAGACUCUCAUGUUCAUUUAUAGAGGAGCGUGGGAGUGGGAUCACCUCCAGGAGGCCCUGGAAGAGAAGCUGAAGAAUUCGCUAGCUGUGGCUCAACUUAUGGAUCGCAUACGAUCCCUCAUCGGCAGAGACAGGGGCCCCAGGGACACCCCGAGUGCCCGGGCAGCUCAACUCGGCCCCCAGACUCUUGUCAACCUCUUCAAUUCUCCUCUUUACUCUGAUGUCAUCUUCAUGGUGCAAGGGAGUGUAUUGCCAGCUCACCGAGCAGUGCUGGUGGCGAGGUGUGACGUCAUGGCGGCCAUGUUCAGUGGGAAGUAUGCCGAGGCCCGGAGCCGAGUAGUGCCCAUCCACGGUGUCUCCUCAGAUACCUUCCUGUCUUUCCUGGAGUACCUCUACACUGACUCCUGCUGUCCUGCCAGUGUGCUGCAGGCCAUGGCUGUGCUGGUCUGUGCCGAGAUGUACCAGGUGAAACGUCUGCAGCAUCUGUGUGAAGUGUGUGUCUGCGCUUACCUUCAGAGCAUGCCCAGUAGAGAGCUGUCAUCAACGGGUAUCAGCGUGAUCCGACUACUCCGCCGAGCAAAGUGCCACAAUGCAGAGCAGCUGUAUGUCUGGCUCCUCCACUUUAUCGCCAACAACUACCUGAUCUUCAGUCACAAACCUGACUUCCUGGAGCUCUCAGAGGAGGAGCGUGAGCAGGUGGAGAGGCUACGCUGGCCAUCCAGAGGCUACCUGCAGGAGCUCAGCGAGUACCAACAGCGGCGACGCAAACUACGCAAGUCCCGCUGCAUAGUCAUGUGACCACACCUGGAUGCCUA